AUGUAUUUUAUCAUAAAAAAAAUAGUAAAAUCACACUGCCUUCUUGCAGAUGCCAUCCCACCGAGCUAUUACAGCCUUUACUUCCGAAUCGUCAGAUUUGAUGUCUCAGCGAUGGAGAAGAAUGCCUCCAACUUGGUGAAGGCUGAGUUCAGGGUCUUCCGCCUGCAGAAUUCUAAGGCACGGGUCUCGGAGCAGCGGAUAGAGUUGUACCAGGUUCUAAAAUCUAAAGAAUUAUCGUCACCAGGACAGCGCUACAUUGACAGCAAAGUGGUUAAAACAAGAGCUGAAGGAGAAUGGUUGUCUUUUGAUGUCACUGAGGCUGUACAUGAGUGGCUCCAUCACAGAGACAGGAACCUUGGAUUUAAGAUAAGCUUACACUGUCCGUGCUGCACCUUCGUGCCUUCAAAUAAUUAUAUCAUCCCAAAUAAAAGUGAGGAGCUUGAAGCAAGAUUUGCAGGUAUUGAUGACUACACAUAUUCCAGUGGUGAUGUGAAAGCUUUAAAGUCCAAUAGGAAAAAAUACAGUGGGAAGACCCCACAUCUUCUGCUAAUGUUAUUACCCUCCUACAGACUUGAGUCGCAACAGCCCAGUCGGCGGAAGAAGCGUGCUCUAGAUGCUGCCUAUUGUUUUAGGAACGUGCAAGAUAAUUGCUGUCUGCGUCCACUUUAUAUUGACUUCAAGAGGGAUCUUGGCUGGAAAUGGAUUCAUGAACCUAAAGGGUAUCAUGCUAAUUUCUGUGCAGGAGCCUGUCCAUAUUUAUGGAGCUCAGAUACUCAGCACAGCAGAGUACUCAGCUUGUAUAACACCAUAAAUCCAGAAGCUUCUGCCUCUCCAUGCUGUGUGUCCCAGGAUUUGGAACCCCUCACCAUCCUCUACUACAUUGGCAAAACACCCAAAAUCGAACAGCUGUCCAACAUGAUCGUAAAGUCUUGCAAGUGCAGCUAAAGGAUACCCCUGAAACAGCAUGACGUGUGUGUUUAAAAAAAAAAAAAAAAACAAGGAAAAAAACAAAGAGAGAGCGAGAAGGAAAGAAAGAAAAAUGAAAACCCAGGUUCAUCAGUGUUAAAAGAAAAAAAAAAGAAGAAAAAAGCGGUACUAGUCUGAACUGUUUGAAAGUUUGUUUUGUUUUGUUUUUUUUAAACUGGCAUCUGAAGCAAAACAUUGAAGGCCUUUAUCCUACAUUUCACCUACACAUAGUGUGAGAUAGACAAGAAGCAAAGUUAAAGAAAAAAAACCUUUUAAAAAAUAAACACUGGAAGAAAUUUGUUAGUGUUACUAUGUGAAAGGAAAAAAACAGGAAAAUCCCAUGAAGUGGAGUUGCUGUAUCUGUCCCGUGCCUUACUUGAUCUCUCUGUAUUGUUACGCAAUAGGCAUCCUACCCAUUCCUCUUAGUUGUAGAGUUAACAGUGCAUUAUUUAUUUGUGUGUAAAAACUAUCAAAUGAACAUUUCUGUAUCACCAUUGGAAAAAAGAAAACCAGCCAAUGUGGACAAAGUGGAGACCAAAUAAGCUGCCAGAAAUACAUAUAGAGCCUAAAGGAACACAAGUUCAAAAGAAUCAGAAAAGUAAUGGUUAGUUUAGUUUGAUUAAAAUAGAAAUCAGUUAUUACAUUAUUGAGAAACUCUGCCUUUAAAAUACCUUAUUUUUCAUGCCAGCUGCCUAGAGAGGCUUCUUGUAAGGUCUCAAACUCUUGUUUUAAAUACUGAAUAAUUUACUAAUAAAGGACACUCUGUUUCAGUCUCAAAGACAAGUCUAUAAGAUUUUUUUUUUUUACUGUAAAUGAUCUAAAAUGUCAGUUUAGUAAACCAGUGAAAUAUUUAACGUGUACUGGUCUAAUCUUCAGACCUUAAUAAGUUGCUGUAUAGCUAUGCUAUGGGAUUUUUUUGUUCUUUUGGUAUAUGUAACCAUACCUAGAGUAUUACAAUAGGUGGUUAGUUAAAAGCCAGCUUAAUUGGAAACAUAUCUGUAGAUCUCUAUUUGUAAACUAUUAAAAAAUCAAGUACUUUAUGUGUAAUGUGUAAAUUUUCACCAUAUUUUUGUACUCUGUAAUACUGUCAGCUCUCAUGAGUUUGAAUUUGAAUUUGGGGCUCUUUUUGAUCACUCAGAAUCACGUGUUUCCCUCUAGCUGGCCAGUAUGAGUAGAGUCCCUAUAUUUUGACUUGCACUACAAAUACAUGUUUUAUAAUAAUUGCUAUACAUGUGCUUUGUAUAUUGUUCAUCAUUAUGACAUAAGCUACCUGACUCCAUUUGUUUUUCUGUUUUAUAAAAAGGAUGGAUUAAAGCAAUCUCUCCCCCCCUCCCCUUCCCCUC